CUUAUCUGUAUUUUUAUUGCCUUAUGUUUAACUCGUCUUUUGAUAAUCAGCUUGGGCAAGUCAUUGAGUCGUUAGAGAAACUAAGACAUGAUGCUUUCUAUCGCUCUGGAAGCGAUUCUGAGAAUGGAGAUGCUAAUUCUCGCGUAAUAGAGUUAGAAAGGCAAGUAGCGCAGCUGAGUUUGGAGAAUGAAAGAAUGAGCGCUCAUAUCGAGUACUUGGAAGACAAAAUUAGCUCGUACAUCGAGAAGAGCCUGGAGAACAUAACUCCCUCUCGGGUAGUGAGCGAUAUUCCAGAUGGAAUUGUAUUCGUGUCAAACAGUGAAAGAGGAAAGUGUAUCACGUCUGACCAAGAGAAGCGUUCUUCGAUGUUGUACGAAAAGGUUCCAUUUGUUCUGAAAACAUGUUCUCUUGAGUCAUGUAGCGUAUCUUCCGUGGGUAGUUACAUCUUGAGUACUCCGUCUACAUUAAAUAUUGUCCGUUUAAGUUGGGCGGAUGACAAGAAACCUCACCACGUGUUAAUCAUCAAAAAGAAGUACAACAAUGACGCAUCCAAGGUGUUACGAGUGAUGAUCGACUGGUUCAACAAGCAGGGCAUCCAAGUAAUGGUUGAGCCCGACGUUUACAAGGAGUUGCAGCCCUGCAACGUAGUCACAUGGAAAGAAGAAGAUCGAUACAAUCUCAGCAAUCUGAUCGACUUCGUCGUGACCCUGGGAGGAGAUGGCACCCUUCUCUUUGCGUCCUUGCUCUUCCCUAAAACGGUGCCUCCUGUCAUUUCAUUCCACAUGGGCACGCUUGGCUUCUUAACGCCGUUCUUUGCGGACAAUUUCGUCCCCCCGCUUUCCCAAGUAGUCAGGGGGAAUGUGCCUCUUACCGUGCGGUCGCGUCUGGAAUACAAGAUCGUGAGGUGCCUGCCGCGCUCGACGGUGCGGAAAUCGAUCGACUACUUCGCCGAAGAAGAAGAAGGGAACGAGAAGCCGAGGCCGAAAAUUCUGAACGACAUCGUGAUUGAUCGAGGAACAGCCAGCAGCAUGGUGGAGCUGAAUUGCUAUAUCGAUACCGAUCUGAUCACAACGGUGCACGCGGAUGGGCUGAUCAUUGCCACACCGACGGGAUCCACGGCAUAUUCAAUGUCUGCUGGAGGAUCGAUGGUGCAUCCGCUCACGCCUGGUCUUUUAAUGACACCUAUUUGCCCACACACGCUCUCAUUCCGACAGAUGUUGUUCCCGGAUAGUACGGUGUUGCGUAUUGAAGUAUCGAUGGACAGUCGAUGCACUGCGUCGGUUAGUUUUGAUGGACAGUUCAAAGAAACAUUGAAUCGGGGAGAUGCGCUGAUUAUCCGAACAUCGAAGUACCCUGUCCCCUGCGUAUCUCCCGAUGACAGCAAUCGUGAUUGGUUCAGAAGUGUAAGAGAGAUGCUCCACUGGAACAAAGCUACGUCCUCUUUCAUCCCGUCACAGAAGCAGCGGACUAUAUAA